UUACGUUUUCGUUAGUUUGAGAAGAAGGUAACUGAGAUUUAAAAAAGAGAAAAAUAUACUUUCAAAAAUAGUGGAGUUCGUAAGUAGUGUUAGGCUCAUUUGCCGUCCGAAUCCCACGCCAAGCGUGUUUGUAUCUUCCUUGACGCAAACAGUAACGCCUGCUCUCUCUCUCUACCUGUAUCUCUGCCGGGGACCUUAUUGUUAUCCAAAAUUCUGACUCCUCCUCGGUCGUGUUCUGUCCUUCUUGUCCAUUUCUUCUUCGGUCCUUGUCUCUUUCUCUUUUCAAACCAAAUCAGACACAAACGGGGUGCCACUGAGAGUAAGUGCGGGUGAUGAAGAGGCAUAGGAAUGGGGAAAUCUGGGACUUCGAGCACGAAUUACCGGCGGUGGCAGCCAAUCAGUGCGGGGUAGAUGUCGUGCUUGGAUUGGACGGCGGCACCACCUCGACCGUGUGCGUAUGCAUGCCCGUCAUUCCCUGUUCACGCUCUCAUUUUCCCGACCCUCUCCCCGUCCUCGCUCGCGCUGUGGCCGGCUGCUCCAACCACAACAGUGUCGGCGAUCUGUUCAAGACUGGGAAAUUGAGGAGGUUACUGAUUUUUUCAAGUUGCUGUAUUUCAGUGGUUAUUAGAAGACAUGAAAGGGAUCAUAUUCUCUGGAAAAGUCAGAGACCAAUAAGUUUUCUGUUAGAUGAUGAAUGGUCAGCAAAAUUUUUCUUUUCCUUGGAAGAAUAUUUGGAAGAAACUGCCGCAAGGGAAACUUUGGAGCAAGUUAUGGCAGAUGCACUUGCAAAGUCAGGUUUAAAUCGGACUGCAGUUCGAGCUGUUUGUCUAGCUGUAUCUGGUGUUAACCAUCCCAUGGAUCAGCAAAGAAUUAUAGAUUGGCUUAGUGAUAUAUUUCCCAGCCACGUACAACUAUACGUUCAGAAUGAUGCCGUUGCAGCUCUAGCAAGUGGGACUAUGGGAAAGCUUCAUGGUUGUGUUUUAAUUGCUGGUACAGGGACCAUUGCUUAUGGAUUCACAGAAGAUGGUCGUGAAGCUCGGGCUGCUGGUGCAGGGCCCAUCUUAGGUGAUUGGGGAAGUGGAUAUGGAAUAGCUGCGCAGGCAUUAACUGCCAUCAUAAGGGCUCAUGAUGGUCGUGGUCCACAUACAAUGCUUACAAGUAGUAUUUUACAGAUGCUUGACCUUGUUUCUCCAGAUGAACUCAUUGGGUGGACCUAUGCAGAUCCAUCCUGGGCUCGCAUUGCAGCACUGGUUCCAGUUGUUGUUUCUUGUGCGGAGGCAGGUGAUGAGGUUGCAAAUACAAUCUUGCUAGAUUCAGUCCAAGAGCUUGCUUCAAGUGUGAAAGCUGUUGUUCAAAGACUUGGUUUGUGUGGUGAAGAUGGGAAAGACUAUUUUCCGCUUGUAAUGGUUGGUGGCGUUCUUGAAGCAAAUAAGAGAUGGGAUAUAGGGAAGGAAGUCAUAAACUACAUAUCGAAGGACUACCCUGGGGUACAGGCAAUCAGGCCAACGGUGGAGCCUGCAGUUGGGGCAGCGCUGCUAGCCUGGAGUUUCUUCAUGAAAGAAUCCAAGAAAAGUUCAUAGAAGCUAAAGGUCAGUGAUUCAAAACAACUCAUUCAUUGUACAGUGACCGGGACAGAUGCAACUAUAAAAGAAGUAUGCAUUGUGUAAUCGAAAAUAAUGAUGAUUAUCCAUAUUUUCUCCUUACAGUGGAAGGCAUUUAUACUUGCCUUAUGAUUCAUGAAAUGCUUAUAGUGAUUUGAACAAAAUAAUUGAACUGUGCUAAGAGCGAGUGUGAUUUAUUUUGUUGCCUAAUAAGCUGUCCUUGCUUCUGCUUAUUUGGAUUUCGAUGUAUUUUUUACUUGUGGUUGGAUGCCAUGUAAAUCUUUGAGCCUUCUGUAAUGAGCAAUUUAGGUCCUGAAUUCGUCCAAGUGUAGUAAUGGUGUCUCAUUUACAGCGUGAACCUACUCUUUGAAAGCACAUUUACUUUAUACUUGGGAUUUGUGGAUUGAAAUUUGUAAUCCCGAAGUCUUGUUUGGAUAUGAAAAUUUCUGGAUAUUUUUGUAA